UUGCAGUUUGGCACCCGAGCAAGCAGUAGCCAUGUCGCAAGCGGACGACUGGAAGCAGUGGCUGGAUGAAACGAUUCGGACCCUGGGCAUCGAUGAUUCGGCUGUCAUCGAGUACAUCGUUGGCAUAUGCGAAGAGGACACCAUCGACCCCGAGGAGAAGCAGGAGGCCAUCUGCGAAUAUCUUUCAGAGCUGAACGAGGAUCGUGACGCAGUCGAAGAGUUUGUGGCACAACUCCUCGAGCAUCUGAAGCAGCAUCUGGAGAAACUUGAAAUCGAGCAGCAAGAGUCGAAGGCCCAGUAUUUGAAGACAGCGCUUGAGCUCGAGAAGCAGGAUCUCCAGACCGGAGCGUCGGACGUCCGGCCGCACAAUGCCCCAAAGGUCCUGACGAAGGAGGAGCGAAAACAACGGGAAGCCCUGCUGGCACAAUACGGCUACGAUAUCGAUCAAGUCGUCGAAAACGCCAACGGCGAGACCGAGAUUGUCUACACGAGCGGCAAGAGCGAGGCGGUGGAUUUGAAGAAGCAGGGACUCUUUCAAAACCGCAACGCAGACGUCGUCAAGGAGCAGGAGCAGAACAAGCGCACCCAAGCCCAGCUCCAGCACCAAAAGGAGCAGGCCCGGAUCAAGGAGCAACAGGAGAAGCAGCGGCUCGAGCGCGAGAAGGAGAAGCGGAGGACGCAGAAGCGCGAGAAGCGUCGGAUGUAAGGCCAUCGGGUGCAGUCCAUUGAGACGAACAGAGCGCCACGCCUCUCUCCUGUGUCGAGAAUGUUUUUGUUUUAGUUCGGUGGAGUUGAGUCUGUGGUUUGUCCGAACCGCUGGCUGCAUGUCGGCGGCUCAAGGGCUUACUACUCGCAACCUCCGCUCUGUGUGCGAUCUUGAAUACAUCCUGGAGAUCAUCCUCA